GUAUAAAAACAACAGGCAGACUCAUGCAUACAGUGCUCUCAUACCCCAUCACAUCUCACAUUGGCUUUCUAGACUGACAAUUCACUAGGGACAGUUCGAAAAUGGAGGCAGUCAUGGAUGCCAUGCAGGGCUAUGGGGUGAGCACCACUAAUUACCUUCAGACCAACUAUAAGGACGCCCAGGGUUUGUUCCUGUGGGUGUCCUGGGCUGCUGACCUCAGGAACACCUUCUUCAUCUUCUUCCCUCUCUGGUUCCACCUGCGGGAGUCAGUGGGCAUCAAGCUCAUCUGGGUGGCAGUGAUCGGCGACUGGCUCAACCUGGUCUUCAAGUGGAUUCUGUUUGGCGAGAGGCCGUAUUGGUGGGUCCAUGAAACACCUUACUACAGCAAUACCACUGCACCUCACAUUGAACAGUACCCAAUGACCUGUGAAACUGGCCCAGGCAGUCCCUCUGGCCACGCUAUGGGAGCUGCAGGCGUCUACUACACACUGGUUACCUCCAUUCUAGCCAUCAUGCUGACCAAGAAUAAGACGGGAUCUUCCUCCAAGGGCCUGUAUCUACGAGGCACUCUGUGGGCGUUCUUCUGGGCGGUCCAGGUCUGUGUGUGUCUCUCCAGAGUCUUCAUUGCUGCCCACUUCCCCCACCAAGUCAUCUGUGGAGUAAUCACAGGUAUGGUUGUGGCCGAGGCGUUCAACAGAACCCAGUGGAUCUACGGAGCCAGUCUGAAGAAGUACUUCUACACCACCCUCUUUCUGCUCUCCAUCGCUGUGGGCUUCUACGUGCUGCUGAAGGCUCUAGGCGUGGACCUGCUAUGGACCCUGGAGAAAGCCCAGAAGUGGUGUGUGAGAGCCGAGUGGGUCCACAUGGACUCCACUCCCUUCGCCAGCCUCCUGCGUAACAUGGGCACCCUGUUUGGCCUGGGCCUGGGCCUGCACUCGCCCCUCUACACCGAGAUCAAGAACAUCAGCGGCACCACCCUCUUUAGGACGGGAUGUAUCGUCACCUCGCUGCUCCUGCUGCACCUCUUUGACUCCUUCAAGCCCCCCACGCACACUGCCGCUGUCUUCUACCUGCUGUCUUUCUGUAAAAGCGCCACUGUCCCCCUGGCAACCGUCAGCAUCAUCCCCUACUGCGUGUCUGGAGCUCUGAGCACCGUACAGAGCAAGAAGUAUUUGUGAGGUCGUUGGCGGCCGACAUGCACAUAGUCUCGUGUAUUCGGAUAUGACUCCAGAAUUGAACCGUGCUGUAAUCCUUAAAUCAUUCCAUGCAUUGACUUUCUUCCCAAACUGCCCAAGCGAUCAACAAGCCAUUGUGGUCUUUGUCUACCCUACUUUCAUCCAGUCACCCACUGUAAAGGUCUGAUUUUCUUAUCUACACACAGUGUGAACAUUAUAAUGAAAGGAUUAUCCAGUGAAUUACUCAGUGGCACUUUAGACACUGUGGUUUGAUUGUAUCAAAACUGAUCAUUUAUAAGUAGUUCAGUGCGAACUCAGGAGUCCAGAAAGUUAAUGUUCCUGUUUUGAAACGAGAUAAAGCCGAAUCAAAACCAGGAGAAAAUGAGCCCAAAAGCUCUCUCAGGGACUUUAGUGGCCUGCUUUAACAGUGCGUUCUAAGAAUAUGUUAUACAUGAAUAACUUUGUUAAUAUUUGUUUUGUAACUGUAUUUUUCCUGUUUAAUAUAUUUUUAGAAAUUCUGUCAGAUAUUUAUAAUAAAAAUCUUUAAAAUAUA